CAAACUAAGACCCGUGAAUUAGGUCUCUCUAUAUACAAAGACAGAGAGCAGCGGCAUGGCGGCCAUUGUUCCCUAGGGAAGCCAAACGUAAACUCGCAGGAGCUCCUCGACCAAAGAAAAAGCUUGAAGCUCAAAAAUCAAAUUAAUUCCAUUUUCAAUAUUCACAGUCCGAAAUUGAACUCAAAAUCAGAUUCAUGGAAACCACUCAUCCCAAGCCCCAUGCUGUCAUGUUUCCCCUUCAUCUCCAAGGUCACGUUAUCCCAGCCGUACAUCUCGCAGUAAAGCUCGCCUCCAAGGGUUUCACCAUCACCUUCGUCAACACCCAAGCCAUCCACCGCCAGAUAAUCAAAUCUCGAUCCCAACACCACGACGACGACCAAGACAUUUUCGCCGGAGCUCGCAAAUCCGGCCUAGACAUCCGCUACAAGACGGUGACCGAUGGUUUUCCUCUUUCCUUCAAUAGGUCCCUCAACCGGGAGCAAUUCAUUGAGGGCUUUCUGCAUGUCUUUCCAGCCCAUGUGGACGAGCUUGUCGGAAAUAUAAUCGCAGCCGAUCCCUCGGUCUCGUGCUUGAUUGCUGAUACGUUCCACUCAUGGCCAUCAUCCCUAGCCCAAAAAUAUAACCUUGUCCAUAUUUCCUUCUGGACCGAACCAGCUCUUGUUUUCAAUCUCUACUAUCACUUGGACCUCCUCGUAAAAAAUGGUCAUUUUGCUUCUCAUGAUAAUCGAGAGGAUACAAUAGAUUAUAUACCGGGUGUUGAGGCCAUUGAGCCAAAGGACUUGAUGUCUUACCUUCGAGAAACAGAGGUAUCAACGUUGAUGCACAAAAUCAUAUACAAGGCAUUCGAGGAUGUGAAAAAGGCAGACUUUAUUCUCUGCAACACUGUGGAAGAGCUUGAACUCCACGCCAUUUCUGCCGUACGAGGGAAGCAGCCAAUAUAUGCGAUUGGCCCUGUUUUAUCCAAUAUUGGGCAAAACGGAAGCAUAGUAGCCACCAGCCUUAGGUCCCAGUCUGACUGCAGCCAAUGGCUGGAUACCAAGCCUCAUGGUUCAGUUUUGUAUGUCUCGUUUGGAAGUAUGUCUCCUGUUAAUGAACAUGAUAUGGAAGAGCUAGCUCAGGGACUUUUGCUGAGUAAGGUGUGUUUUGUUUGGGUGCUACGUCCUGAUACUAUGAGCGAUGCUGAAUCCUAUGCCCUACCCGUUGGAUUUGAGGAUGAUAUCAAAGACAGAGGGUUGAUCGUCCCCUGGUGCAAUCAGAUUGAGGUGAUCUCACAUCCAGCAAUAGGAGGGUUCCUAACACAUUGUGGAUGGAACUCGGUGUUGGAGAGUAUAUGGUGUGGGGUACCAAUGUUGUGUUUCCCUAUCUUGACCGAUCAGCCGACUAACAGGAAACUAGUGGUUGAUGAUUGGAGGGCUGGGCUCAAUUUGUGUGAUAAGAAGCCAUUGACGAGGUUCGAAGUAAGGGAGAAGAUCAGCAGUUUGAUGAGUGGAAAGUCAGCUGAAGUAUUGAGGGAGGAGAUGAAAAAGGUGAAGGAGAUAAUACACAAUGCUGUGGACAAGGAUGGAUCCUCAGAAAAGAGGAUAUGUGAGUUCAUUUGCCAAGUGAAGACCAAAAUUGAUUGAGGAAUAUGACUUAUCAGAAAAAUUAUUGGGCAUAAGAUUCUUUUGGUCAAGAAGAUGCUAGUUCCAUUGUUUGCUACACUCUCAUUUCAUAUAAUACUUUUCAACAACUUGCAAAUUGCAGGAACCAAUUUUUGUGAAUGGUUUUUAGUGAUACGUGUGACGAGCCUAAUUCACUAACUGUGAUUUAGAAACUCUCUGUGCUUGUCUUGUAUUCUAACUUUUUGUUUAUAUAAUUGUCGGAUUGUGAAA